AUGACGUCAUCGUACAAAUUCCUGCUGCUCCUGCUUAGGAUAACGAGUUUUUGUCUCGUAGUGGUCGGCUCGGAUCCGAACAGGGAGCAAAAAUUCGCCAUGGAACCGCAAGAUCAAACGGCCGUUGUUGGUUCCAAAGUGACAUUGCCGUGUAGGGUGAUAGGAAAGAGCGGGAUAUUGCAAUGGACUAAAGAUGAUUUUGGAUUAGGGACGCAUAGGAAUCUUAGCGGUUUCGAGCGGUAUUCCAUGGUGGGAAGCGACGAAGAAGGUGACUAUUCCUUGGAAAUCUUCCCCGUGAUGCUGGACGACGACGCCAAAUACGAAUGUCAAGUGUCAACGGGAGCUCAAGGUCAGACCGGUAUCCGAAGUCACUUCGCCAAGUUGACUGUUUUAGUUCCACCCGACCCUCCGAAAAUUGUACAGGGUGAUUAUCUGGUCACCACCGAAGAUAGAGAAAUCGAACUCGAAUGCAUCAGCUUCGGUGGAAAACCCGCAGCUGAGAUUACGUGGAUCGACGGCCUAGGAAACGUUCUAACGGACGGCAUUGAAAAUAUAGUGGAAAAGCUAGCCGACGGUCGCCGGUACACAGCGAAAUCAAUAUUAAAAUUGACACCUCGGAAGGUCCACCACAACACGACUUUCACCUGUCAAGCACAGAAUACGGCCGAGAGGACGCACAGAACGGCUAAAUUGAAGUUGGAGGUCAAAUACGCUCCAAAAGUAUCAGUCGCUGUCCUGUCUGGUUCAAGCACGAACGGGCGCAUCCCGGAAGGUUCAGAAGUAAGAUUAGGCUGCAAAUCGGACGCGAAUCCUUCUGCCGUCACCUACAGAUGGUUCCUCAACGACGAACCUGUAAUGGGCGACUUCACGACCGAACUGGCUCUUCAUAACGUAACCAGGAGACAUCACGACGCUAUAGUCAAGUGCGAAGUCCUCAACGCCGUGGGAAAAAGCGAGGAAAGCCAAUCAUUAGAUAUCAGUUAUGGUCCUCAAUUUCGCACGAGACCAAAAUCAGUUGAGGCUGACCUCGGUUCCAGCGUAACUUUAAGCUGCGACGUCGACGGUAAUCCAGUUCCUGAUGUAUCCUGGUUUCACGAAGAUCAGAAGAAAAUCGUCAGUACGAGUCCUAAUUUGACGUUGAGAGUGGACCACAGCACGGCUGGGCGGUACUACUGCAAGGCUAGGGUGCCAGGAUUUCCUGAGGUCGGAGCUGAAGCUUCUAUUUAUCUCAAAGGUCCCCCUUCCAUAGUUAGCCACCGAACCCAGUUUGGCAUAGAAGGAGACAACGUCAGGGUGGAAUGCACCGCUUUUUCCAUCCCAGCUCCGGAAAGGGUUGUGUGGACUUUCAACGGCAGAGAAGUGGAUCUUCACGAUCAAGAUUACUCCAUACUGGAAGACCCGCUCCCAGAAGGCAUAAAAUCCACACUCGUCAUCAGAGAAUCGCAAGAAAAGCAUUUUGGCAUGUACAAUUGCAGCGUUUCAAAUCCGUACGGGAGUGAUGUUGUCGAAAUUAGCCUCAUGCCGCAAAAAAGCUUCCCGAUGUUGAUCAUAGUAAUAGGAGUCGUUGGAGCUAUAAUAGUACUUAUCAUCAUCAUUAUGAUUGUGUUUCUUUGCCAAAGGCAAAGUAAUAAGAAGCCACAUCCAGAGAACACGAAUACUAUGGAGAAGCAGUGCAAGGAAUCAGACAGAAGUUCAAACAUCUCAGAUUUGAAAUUAGACCUAAGGACGGGUUCGUCCAAUAGCAACGUUCACUGCGACAUGGACUACAUUCCUGGAGCCGAAUCGGAAACUGGAAGCGAAUCGGUCAUCACCAGGAUAGGCGUCCCGUUGGCAGGGCCCGUCAGUAUUCCAGGGCAGGAUAUUUAUAGAUAUUCUGCGGAUUAUACCGAGCCUAACUUCCCACCAAAGGACGGCCAGAACAACAAUGGUUACGUUCCUUACGUGGACUACGCGAGGGACUACAACCCGCCACUGAUGCAGGCUCCCAUAUCUUCCUCCCUGGAUCCGAACAGGGAAAGCCUCCAAUCGACGCGUCUCCAGCUAAACUCCCUCCAAAAUCAUCAGAUUCCUGUCUCGGGGUCGAGCCUGCCAUUGAACGACCUUUCGGACCUUCACCUGUCUCACCAGUCCAUCCCUAAUGGGGGUCUGCCUUCCAUAGAUCCGAGGUUCAGCGCUACCUAUGGUAACCCGUACCUCAGGAAUCCGAUCGUGGGCCUGCCGACCCCCAACACGGCGAACCCCGCCGCUACGCCAGCGCCCCCGCCCUAUUCCCGGGAAAAUUCCAGACUAAUUAGUUCUAGUGCCAUGAUAACGGCUAGUGCCAACGUGGUGAAUACAGUGGUGGCGAACGGUUCCAACGGGUCCUUGCCGCAGGUCACGAGACUACCGAACUCGCCGACGAGUCAAUAUAUAGUGCCCAAUUCCAAUAUGGCGACCCUCAAACGGGGGACCAUGGCGACGCACGUGUAA